UUCAAACGUUCAGUAUUGGGUCACCGGCCGAAUAAGCAAAACCCAUUUUUUUUUGUCAUUGAUAACGGUGAUUCUUGUAGUGAUUUAAUAAGAAAAAAAAAGACUGAAUUUAAACGAUGCACAAAACUCUGGUUCUAUUUUUUGGACUGACCGUAGCAAACGCAGUAACAAUUAUAGAGGAAAAUGAUUGGGAACAUUUUAAGGUACAAUAUUCAAAGAGUUACGCUGCAGAUGAAGAACACCAAUUUCGUAUGACAACUUUUCUACAAAACCGAAACAAAAUCGCUGAGCACAACAAAUUGUUCAAUGAAGGUCAUGUUUUGUUCAAAAUGGGCUUGAAUGAAUACAGCGAUAUGACAACCGAAGAGUUCGCAGCCAUAAUGAAUGGACACAAACCGACUGAUAGCUUUAAGUCACUCAAAUUCAAAAAUGCAACUGGUAAAUACCACAACAAAAUCCAUCAUUACGAAUUGCCAAGAUCGAUUGACUGGAGAAAGAAAGGAGCUGUGACCGGAGUGAAAAACCAAGGACGUUGUGGUUCAUGCUGGUCAUUUUCGGCCAUUGGCGCAUUGGAAGGUCAACACUUCCGUAAAACGGGUGUUUUAGUGUCAUUAUCGGAGCAAAACCUUAUCGACUGUUCGGCUUCAUACGGAAACAAUGGCUGCAACGGUGGCAAUAUUGAACAAUCCUUUGAAUAUAUUAAACAAAAUCAUGGAAUUGAUACCGAAAAAUCGUAUCCAUACAAAGGCCGAAAUGAUAAAUGUCGAUAUAAUCGGAAAAACUCGGGUGCAACCGAUCGUGGUUAUGUGAAUAUUGCACCGGGCAAUGAGAAGAAAUUGCAAGAUGCGAUUGCUUCCAUUGGACCAAUUGCCGUCGCAAUUGAUGCUUCACACUUUUCAUUUCAACAUUAUCGAAGUGGCAUUUACUAUGAACCGAAGUGCAGUCCGCGUGCUUUAAACCAUGCCGUUCUGGUAGUGGGCUAUGGAGUAGAUGAUCAUGGUCAUGAGUAUUAUAUUGUCAAGAAUUCGUGGGACAAAUCGUGGGGAGAUGGUGGUUACAUUAAAAUGGCUCGCAAUCGUCACAAUAACUGUGGUAUUGCCACAGAUGCUUCCUAUCCACUGGUUUGAAAAAGAUUCUUUCGGAAAAUGUAGUUAACAUGUUUAACUUUCAAAUUUAACUAAACAUACUCAUAGCAAACAAUAGAUCUGAUUGCAUUAUAAGAUGUCAAAUGAAAAAAUGUCAAUAAAGUCAACUUUAAUAACUUUAAACAUA